CUGAGGGUGAGCUCACGGCAAGUGAUUGCACUCCGAAUUGAAACCCGAGAUUAACAACAACCAAAUCCGCCUCGGUUCCUGCAACAAAUUACGACACGAAGCGUUCGUCAGUUUAGUUAGCAGAAUGAAGCGCACAAUCUGAUUCAGCUCCCCUUCUUUUUCGCUUGGAUUGAUGCUUUGAUUGGGCGGAGUCGCAGUACCAGUCUCUUUACUGCAGCUCUGCCAUCUCCUCUUCCCUCUUCAUCAUUGCAAUUCACACGAUUGACAAAGGGUUUCAGGUAGCAGCGGCCAAAUUUUGAUUCAUCCAUGGAGGCUAUUUAUCCAUCUGCUUCCUUGAAUUAUAGCCAGUUCGAUGGGUCCACUUUUGAUGAGCUCUCCAUGGAGCAAAGCCUGCUCUUCUCGGAUAGCCUCAAGGACUUGAAGAAUUUGAAGGCGCAAUUGUACUCUGCUGCUGAGUAUUUUGAGUUGUCAUACAUCACUGAUGACCACAAACAAUUUGUGGUCAACACAUUGAAAGACUAUGCUAUCAAGGCAUUGAUUAACACUGUGGACCAUCUUGGAUCAGUUUCAUACAAGGUAAAUGGGGUUUUGAAUGAGAAGGUCGAUGCUAUUUCUGCAGCAGAAUUUCGAGUUUCAAGUAUCGAACAGAAAAUUCGAACGACUCAAGAACUUGUCGAUCGCGAAGGGCUAACUCAACAGGCUCUGGUAAUCAAAACUCCUAGAUACCACAAACGAUAUGUUUUACCUGGAGGUCAAACCAUGCCUGAAUCUGGAAAAUAUGCAAUGCCAAAGUAUGAAAUCCAUAAUGCUGCCAAGAAGAACAUUGAACCACCCAAGUUUGAAUCUGUCCACAAUGCUGACAAGAAGAUUGAAUCAGCCAAGUUACAAUCUGUUCAAAAACCAACACUGGAUAAAGCACCUUCACUUAGGAAGACACAAACCAUGCCGAAAUCUCCUUCCGUACGAGCACGUUCAGUAUCUCCUCGGAAACUCCGUUCUCCUUCGCCUUCACAGCAUUUUGGAAAAUACUUCAGUCCUGAUAAAAGAGCACCAUCACCAGUUCCAGUGUCUAAUCCAUUAGCAAGGUCUGGAUCGCUUGCAAUACGACCCAAAACUCUCAACUCAUCAUUCAGCAUGCAACAGUAUCCUUCACAGACUAAGAAAUCAAUAUCAAUGAAGCUGCAUGCUGAAAGGAAUGACCAAAAAGAUACCGAGCAGAAUCCAAGCAGAGGCAAAAAAUUGCUUAAGACCCUGCUCAGCAGGCGCAAAUCCAAAAAAGAUGAUACAAUUUAUAAUUAUUUUGAGGAAUAUUGAAUCAAAUAUUUGCGUUUUUCUACCUCAAAUUUUGUUUGUGAAACAUACUUAAAGCUAUAUCAUGUAAAGCAGUUUAAAAACAAAGCAAAAUUGUGCUCGGAGUAUCAGCACACCUUUUUUUUUCUUUUUCUUUCUGGGUAUAAUGAUGUUAAAUUCUUGUAAAUUAACUAUAAUCAAUUUCAGAUGGUGCUGUUUGAUGCUA